CAAUUUUUAAAUUUAAAUUCCGCAGUAAUAAUUUUUUUUUCGUACCCAACAAUGUCUAAUAGCGAUGAACAUACUAGUAAUUCAAACGAUUGGAAUGAAUGGAUUGAAGAAGCGAUUUCUAAAAAACAUAUUAAAUAUUAUGAAUAUGAAAAAUUUUAUAAUAUUCAAGAAAUUGGUUCCGGUGGUUUUGGAAAAGUUUAUCGUGCAAAUUGGAAGAAUUCUCAUAAGCGUUAUGCAAUAAAAUCUUUUUUUAAUAUCAAUGAUGCUGCAGUUAAAGCAAUAGUUCAUGAGAUUCAACUUCAACGUGAAGUUGAUUUUCAUGAUAAUGUUAUUCGUUUUUAUGGUGUCACAGCUUCUAUUAAAGAAAACCAAAGAAAAGAAUAUUCGUUGGUGAUGGAAUAUGCUGAAAAUGGUACCCUCCGAAAAUAUUUGAAAGAAAAUUUUGAAAAUCUCACUUGGGACGAUAAAUUUAAUUUUGCACUUCAAUUGGUUUAUGCAGUAUCAUGUUUGCAUGAUGAAGGGAUCAUGCACCGUGAUUUGCACUCCAAUAACGUGUUAGUCCAUCAGAAUACUGUCAAGCUAGCAGAUUUUGGCUUAUCAAAAAGAAUUGAAGAAACAUCCAACUCUCAAUCAAAAACAUUUGGAUUAAUUCCUUACGUUGAUCCAAAAAGUUUUAACAGAAGUGCAACAGAAUUUUAUUUAUUAAAUAAAAAAAGUGAUGUUUACAGCGUUGGUGUAUUAUUGUGGGAAAUAUCCAGUUGUCAGCCUCCUUUUCACGGUCAACCAUAUGAUGUUGGUUUGGCUAUAAGUAUUCUACAAGGCCUUAGAGAGACACCCAUUCAUGACACGCCUGAAGAAUAUAUAAAAAUUUAUACUGAUUGUUGGAAUAUUGAACCUGAUGAUCGUCCAACUAUUAAUCAAGUAGUUGAUGAAUUAAAAGUGCUCAUAACAAAAGAAAACAUAAUUAUAAAAGAUUUUCACUUACAUAAUGAUACUAAUAAUGUCCAAUCAUCAAAUAACCAUCAACUGCCUGAUUUAAAUAUUUCUGAAAGUAUUAAUUUAUCACAUGGAGAAUUUUCUCAAUUUAUUCAAAAUUUUGAUAUGAUGAAUACAAAAGAAAUAGAAUCUUCAGUAUCAUCGAUUAACCAAUUUGAGGAUAACUUUAAUAUAAUAGUUAAUAAUAUGUUCAAUUUUUUUGAUGAUGAUGAUGUAGUUGGAAAACAAAAGGUUUUAAGUUAUCUUAAUGAACAAAAUAUAACUUUGCAAGAGAUUAAUAAUUUAUUAUUAAAUAAUCAAAACAACUCAAAUUCUAUUUACUUACUUGGAAAAUUUAAUGACUUAGGAAUUGGAAUUGAUGUUGAUAAUGAAAAAGCAUUGGAGUUAUAUCAAAAAGCAGCAGAUUUAGGAAAUGCAUUAGGAAUGAAAGAUUUAGGAUAUUGUUAUGCAUAUGAAACUGGAGCAGGUGUUAUUGACAAGAAAAAAGCAUUUGAAUUGUGUCAAAAGGCAGCAGAUUUAGGAAAUUCAUCUGGUAUAAAUAAUUUAGGAGGUUUUUAUUAUAAUGGAAUUGGAACUGAUAUUGAUGUGAAGAAAGCAUUUGAAUUAUAUCAAAAGGCUGCAGAUUUAGGGAAUUCACUUGGAAUAAAUAAUUUAGGAUAUUGUUAUCAAUAUGGAAUUGGAACUGAUAUUGAUGAGGAGAAAGCAUCUGAAUUAUAUCAAAGAGCUGCAGAUUUAGGAAAUAGUUCAGCUCAAUAUAAUCUUGCUAUUAUGUAUGAGAAUGGAAAUGGAAUUAUUAAAAGUAUUGAUGUUGCAAUUUAUUGGUACAAAAAAUCGGCUGAGCAAGGAGAUCAAUUUGCUCAAAAUAAAUUAUGUAUACUACUUGAUAAUGAGAAAAUAAAGAAAAAUUCAUGUAAAGUAAAUUAAAAAUGUUUUAUUUAAAAUAUUUAUUUUAUUAUUACUAUUAUAGCUAUUUUUUCUUACAUUUUUAGAUUGUUAUUACUACUUGCUAAUUAUUUUAUAAUAAAAUAAAUUCAUCCUAAUAAAUUUG